GAUUUUGACGAACUACAAUCUCCCCCCUUGGCUAUGCAUGAAGGAAGAGUAUUUUAUGCUAACUCUGCUUAUUCCUGGGCCAAAAUCACCGGGUAAAGACAUGGAUGUAUUUCUAAGACCCUUGGUGGAUGAGUUAAAACAAUUGUGGAUUAACGGAGUCGACACAAGAGAUGGCACAAGGAAUGAAUUGUUCAAGAUGCGUGCAGCCCUUCUGUGGACAAUUAACGAUUUCCCUGCUCGUAGUAGCUUGUCUGGUUGGAGCGGGCAAGGGUAUAAAGCAUGUCCAACGUGCAAUGAAGACACCACUUCCAUUCGAGUGAUUGGUAAGACAUCGUAUGUCGAUCAUAGGCGAUUCUUGAGGAGUAAUCAUAAGUAUAGAAGGGACAAGGAAUUUGAUGGCAAAGUUGAGAAAAGAAAUCCUCCACAACAGUUUACUUGUCAACAAGUUUUAGAUCAAGUCAAUGCUUUACCGCUUCAAGUGUCUGGUAAACAUGAAAGAUUUGGGGGGGUGAAGCGCAAGCGAGGUGCAGGGGAAAGUAAUUGGAGGAAAAAAAGUAUUUUCUAUGAACUUGAUUACUGGAGUUCAAAUCAGUUAAAACACAACCUAGAUGUGAUGCAUGUUGAGAAGAAUGUGUGCGACAGCAUCCUUGGGACUUUGUUAGAUAAUGAUAAAUCUAAGGACACCACUAACGCAAGACAUGAUUUAAAGAAUAUGGGGGUUAGGAAAUCGUUGUGGAUUUACGAGGAUGCCAAUAAAAGGUUAAUGAAACCGCAUGCUCCAUACGUGUUCACUUUUGAACAGAGGCGAGAUUUCUGUCAAUUUUUGAAAGGAGUGAAGUUGCCCGAUGGUUUUUGUUCUAAUCUAAAGAAAAAAGUCACAGACAAUGACUCAAACAUUGUUGGGUUGAAGUCCCAUGAUUGUCAUGUGAUAAUGCAACGAUUACUUGCAGUAGGUGUUCGCAAGUUUUUACCAGAAUCUAUAUCCACUACCAUCACUGAAUUGUGUAAUUUCUUCAAACAAUUGUGCUCUAGGACACUGAACGUUUCUGAUAUGGAGAAAGCUAAGGAUGACUUGAUUGUUAUUUUAUGCAAGAUGGAGUUGAUUUUCCCUCCAGCAUUCUUUGACAUAAUGAUCCAUCUGGUUUUGCACUUGCCUGAUGAAGCAAUAUUGGGAGGACCUGUAUUUAUGAGGUGGAUGUAUCCUUUUGAAAGAUACAUGAAAAAAUUAAAAAACUAUGUCAGGAAUAAAGCUCGUCCUGAAGGAUCUAUAGCAGAAGGAUAUGUUGCAGAUGAGGCUUUGACAUUUUGUUCAAUGUAUUUCAAAGGUGUGGAAACAAAAUUUAAUCAGCCUGAUCGAAACGAAGAUGCACCGUAUGUGAAUUGACACCUCACAGUGUUUGAAUCUCAAUGUCGUCCUCUUAGUAAGGGAAUUCCCGUGCCCCUCGAUGAAAAUACUCGGAAUAAAGCUGAGUGGUUCAUAUUGGAUAAUUCUCCAGAAACUGAAGUGUAUUUAGAGUAAGUACAUAAUUAAUAUUCAUUUUAUUCUUUGUUCAAUCUACUCCUUAAUUAACAAUAUUGACAUUGUUAAUUAAUUAACAGGGAACACCUAACUGAGGUGCAACAAAGAGAUAUGGCUGCCAAUCAUAAAUUGAUACAUAAGAAAGAGUUUCGUUCAUGGUUUCAUAAGAAGAUAUAUGACUUGCACCAACUUGGGUCAUUAGAGCAUGCUGAUGAAUUACUAGCUUUAGCAUCUGGGUCAGAUCUAUUGGCUUACUCCUACCAAGCAUGUAUAGUGAACGGAGUUCGAUUUGUCUCAUACAAUCGAGA